GGCAGUUUAAACAGCGGAGGGAGGGCGCUGGCAGCAGUUGGUUAACGUUAGGCGUAUUUAGGUUGUUAUCAUUUGCUAAAGUUUGCGUUUUCCUGCUAAUUUUAUGUUUGGUGUGUAAGUACCCAAAAAAAAAAUGACAGAAGAGUCAGCUGUCAAAGUCUGUGUUCGAGUGCGUCCGCUUAUCGCGAGGGAAGAAAGUACUGCUUCGGAGAAUGCAGAGCCUGUCCAGCUGUUUUGGAAAACCGAUAAGAAAUCAAUUCAUCAGAUCGAUGAUGGGAAUUCCACCAAGAGCUUUAGUUUUGACCGAGUGUUCACUGCCGCAGAAACAACCAAUCACCUGUACCAGGAGAUUGCAAAGCCUCUGGUUGUUUCCACUGUUGAGGGAUACAAUGGAACCAUAUUUGCUUACGGGCAGACUUCCUCUGGAAAGACUUUCACCAUGAUGGGGAGUGACCGUAUUCCUGGAGUCAUACCUCUGGCUGUGGAAGAUGUCUUCCAAACCAUUAAGACUUGUCCAAAGAAGGAGUUCCUCCUCCGGGUUUCUUACAUGGAAAUCUACAACGAAACUGUGACUGAUCUGCUUGUUGACAGCUGGAAGAGAAAACCCCUGGAAGUUCGAGAGGCAAUCAACAAAAAUAUCUAUGUGGCUGACCUGACGGAGGAACUGGUUACGUCUCCUGCACAAGCCCUGGCCUGGAUUCGGAAAGGAGAAAAGAACCGUCACUAUGGAAAGACAAAAAUGAAUCAGCGGAGCAGCCGCUCACACACCAUUUUCCGAAUGAUCCUGGAAAGCCGCGAAAGGAGCGACCCAGCAUCAGGUGAAAAUGCUGAUGGAGUCAUUAUUGUGUCUCAUUUGAAUUUAGUUGAUCUAGCUGGAUCUGAGAGAGCGAGUCAGACAGGAGCUGAAGGCACACGUUUCAAAGAAGGUUGCAAUAUCAAUCGCAGCCUGUUCACACUCGGCCAAGUGAUCAAGAAACUGACUGAUGAAGGCCAGAAGGGUUUCACAAACUACAGAGAUAGUAAGCUCACCCGCAUCCUGCAGAACUCCUUGGGUGGGAAUGCUAAAACCGUCAUCAUCUGCACCAUCACUCCUGUCACUGUAGAUGAGACCCUCAGCACUCUGCAGUUUGCAAGCACUGCAAAGAAAAUGAAGAACGACCCCCAUGUGACAGAGGUGUCUGAUGACGGGGCUCUGCUCAAAAGGUAUCGCAAUGAAAUUGUAGACCUGAAGCGACGACUUCACGAGGUUUCUUCAGUCACACAGACAACAGCCACAGAGAAGGAGGUUCUCUCCCAGCUGCUCCAAGAAAAGGGUCAGCUCCAGAGAGAACAAGAGGACCGGAUCAGAAACCUGACCCAACUGCUCGUCACCAGCUCAAACUCUGUUUCUUUUCCAAAGAUUCCAAAACGCAGGGUCACAUGGGGAGGAAAGAUGCACAAACUUGCCCGUCUGUCUGGCUGUGAUGGUGCUUCAUCUGACCUCAGCUUUGCAGAAUCUUUCUCUCGAAAGAGGAAAGCAGAUCGCUCCUGUCUGGCGAUCCUGGGUGAAGAUGAUGAGGACUUUAACUGGGAGAUACCUGAUGGGCCAUCAGAUGAAAUGGAGAUGAGUCAGAGCUCUGUGACUGUUCGAAGCUUUGAAGAAAGUCCCAGGGACUUUGUGUCUUCAGAGCGGUUACAUGAGCUUUCAGGGAAAGUGUCCAACCUUGAGCUGCAGCUGGAAAUGGAGAGUCAACAGAAAGAGGAGGCUAUGACAAAGGUAGAAACUUUGGAUGGCAGAGUGGCAGAGCUGGAGCUGCAGCUGCAAACAGAAGCUCAGCAGAAGCUGGAGGCCAUGGAGAAAAUACAGACAAUAGAACAGAGAGCAGCCGAGCUGGAGCUGCAGCUACAAACAGAAGCUCAGCAGAAGCUGGAGGCCAUGGAGAAAAUACAGCCAACAGAACAGAGAGCAGCCGAGCUGGAGCUGCAGCUACAAACAGAAGCUCAGCAGAAGCUGGAGGCCUUGGAAAAGGUGGAGAUGUUGGAGGUCAGAGUGGCAGACCUGGACAGACGGCUGGAAGAACAGAGCUGCACUCAAACUGAAACUGAUAAACAGAUGAGAAGAGAGUUUGCAGAGACCAUCCAGCUGUGUGAAACUCUUGCUUCAGAGAAGGAAAUGGUGGCUGCUGAGCGGGACUAUCUGAAGCAGGAGCUGGGGAUGUUCAUAGAGCAGACUAAAAGUCUGGAAAAAGAGAAAGCUACGCUGUCAAAGGAGCUGGAGGAGAAGGGAGAAAUGGACGAGUUUAAAUCUCUGGAAGAAGAGUUCAGGAAAGAGCACGAGAACGAGAUGCAAAAUGAAAUCUCUUGCUUGAGGAAGGCCCUUGAAUCCUCUGAACUCCAAUGCCUGGAGCUUCGGAACAAACUAGAAACUUUGUCUGAGGAGCUGAAGAAGAAAACUGAAUUUGCAGAGGAUCUUCAGAGUAUGAGUGGUAAGGACUUGGUGCAGGAGGUGGCAAAGCUUCGUCGCUCUCUGGAUGAUGCUGAGGGGCUCAGCAGAGACACAAAGAAGGACUGGGCUGUCCUGCGCAGUCAGAACAUUGCUCUAGAGGAACUGAAUGUCACUCUGACUGCCAACCAUGAGAAGAUGGACGCUGAGGUGAAGAGUCUGAGGAUUCAACUUGAGACCGAGAAGUCGCGCUACAGAAAGAUGCAGAGCGAUCUCCAAAAAGAGCUGAAUGUUGCAUUUGACGAGAACACCAAGCUCACCACUCUGCUCGAUGGAAAAGUUCCAAAAAAUCUUAUAGACAGUGUGGAACUAGAGAGAACAGUGGCCAACCUGAAUAAAGAGCUGACAGCGUCUCGUGAAGCAGAGGGAGCCCUCAGAGCUCAGCUGGAGGAACUGGCUUCAUUCCAGACUCUUCCAGAUAAGAUAGACAGUUUGAUGAAGCAGGUGUGUGAGUUGACUGAGGAGCUGUGUGCUGUUGAAACUCAUAAGGACAGCCUGCUCUCAGCACAAGCUCAAUGUCAGGAGGAGGCUCAGCAGCUCAGAGACUCCCUGCAGACCUCCCAAGAUGAGAUUCUGAAAACCCAAGCAGACCUUAGUGCUGCUGUGCUCAGGGAGAAAGAGCUGAGCCAGCAGUGCGUUGAUGUAACACAGCAGCUGGAUUCACUUCGCUCAAACUUGGAGCGCUCUGAUGUUGAGAAGAGUCAGCUCAUGGCUACCAUUGAAGAGACGGGCUUGAAACUGGAGGAGAGAGAGCGACAUAUGGCAACACUAGAAGAAAAGCUGAAUGAGGUGCAGCAGCUGAUGAAGGAUUUGGAGGAGAAGCUUGCUGACAGUGAUGCUUUCAGAACCACAGAGGAGGAGAUCAGCAAAGAACUCCAAGAACGACUGAAUCAGCUGACUGAAGAGCUUCAGCAUGUGCAAGCUGAGAAAGACGCUCUCCUUUCUGAGCAGAAUGCUGGCGCCCAGAGGUCUGCAGAGGAGAUGGAGAAUCUGCUGUCAACAGUUACAGCUCUCACUGCAGAGAGAGACCAGCUCAGGACGGACCUGCAGGAAAAUGUGGAGAUGAUGAUUGACCAUCAGGAGGAGCUAAGGACAGCCCUGGAGAAAAAUCGUGUACAGAAGGAGCAGAUCAAACAGCUGGAGACUACACAAACAUCCAGGAGGGAUGUUCCUCCCAGUGAGAUGAGUGCACAGCUAGAGGAGCUGCAAACACACACGAGGACUCUAGCUGAGGAGCUGGAGAGUGUGCGAGCAGAGAGAGACCGUCUGCUGUCUGAGAGGACGGCCAACACUCAAACUCACAGUGAGGAGGUGGAGAAGCUGCUGAGCAGAGUGACGUCUCUCAGUGAGGAGAGAGAUCAGCUGCAGGACACCCUGGAGGGACUGAGACAGGAGAAGCAGCAGCUCAGAGCAGAGCUGGAGGACAGGAUGGAGAUGGUUGCACAAGCCCAAAGUGGGUUCACCCAGCCAGAAAAGCUGACCCCAGAACUGCAAACACAAGAUGAGAACAUAACCCAACUACAGCAAAAGGUAACAGCAACUGAGUGUCUUCUUAAGGAGCUCCAAGAGCAGAAGCAAAAGAACUCCGAUCAUAUGAAUCUCUGUGAGCAGAAGGAGUCUGACUUGGAGCAACAGACAAGGACUCUAACCGAGCAGCUUAAGAGUGCACAAGCAGAGAGGGAUGCCCUGUUGUUUGAGAAGGAGACCAGCUGUCAGACGUCCACAGAGGAGGUGGAGAAGCUGCUGAGCAGAGUGACGUCUCUCAGUGAGGAGAGAGAUCAGCUGCUGGACACACUGGGGGGACUGAGACAGGAGAAGCAGCAGCUCAGAGCAGAGCUGGAGGACAGGAUGGAGACGUAUGAGUCACAGCAGCUGCUCAGUUCUGAGCCGUACUCGCUGAAAGAAGAGGAGGAAGCUCAACGACUUCUGCAGAUCCAACAGCUAGAGGAGCAUCUGGCGAAAAAUAAGGAGGAUAUGCGGCAGUUGAAGAAUGACCUUCAAGAAAAUGUAGAACUGAUGAUCAAUAAUCAGGAGGAGCUGAGGGUGUCUCAGGAGAAGAUCAGAGUUCUACAAGAUGAGAUCAGCAUGCUGAGGAGUCAGAAGGCAGAGCUGGAGGGCAGAGCAACCAAUGGGAGUGAUGCAAAGAGCACCCUGCAGUUACAAGAGCUCCAAAAACAGAAUCAGGGGCUGACAGAGGAGCUGGAGAGUGUGCGAGCAGAGAGAGACAGUCUGCUGUCUGAGAGGACGGCCAACACUCAAACUCACAGUGAGGAGGUGGAGAAGCUGCUGAGCAGAGUGAUGUCUCUCAGUGAGGAGAGAGAUCAGCUGCUGGACACCCUGGAGGGACUGAGACAGGAGAAGCAGCAGCUCAGAGCAGAGCUAGAGGACAGGAUGGAGACUCUUCAGACAGAGUUGAGGAUUCUAACUGAGAAACUGGAGACGGCCAACACUCAAACUCACAGUGAGGAGGUGGAGAAGCUGCUGAGCAGAGUGACGUCUCUCAGUGAGGAGAGAGAUCAGCUGCAGGACACACUGGAGGGACUGAGACAGGAGAAGCAGCAGCUCAGAGCAGAGCUGGAGGACAGGAUGGAGACACUUCAGAUGGAGGCUUCUGAAACACAAGAGCUUCUGGAGUCAGUCCAAGAAAAGCUGUGUAAACAGAAGCAGAUGAACUCUGAUCUGGAGGGACGGCAUCAGGAGAAGCAACGCACUUUAGAUCAACAGCUGAUAACUCUAACUGAGAAACUGGAAAGUGUGCGAGCAGAGAGAGACAGUCUGCUGUCUGAGAGGACGGCCAACACUCAAACUCACAGUGAGGAGGUGGAGAAGCUGCUGAGCAGAGUGACGUCUCUCAGUGAGGAGAGAGAUCAGCUGCUGGACACACUGGAGGGACUGAGACAGGAGAAGCAGCAGCUCAGAGCAGAGCUGGAGGACAGGAUGGAGACGGUGGACCAGCUUGAGAAGGAGCUUCAAAUUUGCAGGGCGAGACAAGCUCUCGCUGAAGCUGAAGCUGACUCCUCACAGCAGUUGCUCAGUGAAACAAACACAACGGUCUCAGCACUCAGAGAGCAGCUGAGCAGUUUGGAUCACAGCACCAGUGGAGUGAAAGACACUGGGUCAUCACGGCUGCAGGACUCUGCUGAGAAGCUUCAGGAGUCCUUCAGAAAAUUCCAGCAGUUUGAAGACACUUGUUCCAAGUAUCGCUGCACACUCCUGGACAAGGUCCGGACAGUGCGGCCUCCCAUGAAGCGCUCUUAUCUGCCCAUUCUACCAAAACCCACCUUGAAAGUCUACAACGCUGUCUCUUACCUGGGACAGCAGACUGUUGAUAAUCUGGAAAGCAUUGUGGAGCACCUACAGAUGCGAGCACGGAGCUACAAGAUUCUCUUUGAGGAGUUGGUGAAAAAAGAUUUGGCUGUUUUUGAGGAGAGGCGUCUGCAGGACGUGCUGCUGUGCAGAGUGCAGGCACCCAGCUACUCUGUCAAAGACGAGGACUUCCACACGCUGUGGGAACCCAGACUGACUGAGCUGCUGGACAAGAGGCAGCUCUACCUGCAGCAAAUGGCCAUCAUUUUGGAGAAGCUGUGGGCCAGCAUGGCGUCUUGCCCCAGUGAGCUGUCAGCUGAGGUCAGAGACAAGGAGAGGUUCACGGAGCAGAUGCAGGCCGUGUUCGCCAACCAGCCAACCAGCUUCAGCGAGCUGCACCGCAUCCUGAGCUGUGAGCAGGACCACAGAUCUACAGUGGCUCACAGCAGGGCUAUGACCCUGCAGGCUAUCUUUGAUGAACAGAAUGGUCUGUGUAAAGAGGUGAUGCUGCUGGACAGUCAGGCUUAUUCUCAGCUCAGCUCAGAGAGAAGCAAGAGUUCCACUCUGCUGCAGGCGCUGGAGGGAGCUCCUCUGAAGACAGAGCUCUCUCUGCUGAAGGACAACCAGCAACUUGUUCUUCAGCUCCAGCAAACUGAAGACAAGGUCAAAGCUCUGUGUGCACAAAUUGAGCAGCUGGAGGACGCUCAGAUUAAAGCCACCAACACGGUCUCCAACCAUAAAGAGGCUAUGCAGCUCCUGCAGACAGAGCUGCAGGACAGCCGCGCACAAGUCGAGGACAAGGAAAAUACUAUCCAAACCCUCAACAGAAGACUGCACCAGUCUGAGAGAAAUUCAUCACCCAGUGCUGUUGAGCUGGAAAAACUCCGAGUUAAACUGUUCGAAAAAGACGUGGAGUUGAAUUCAGCAUCUGCUAAACACAAACAGGAGAUCCAGAGGAUGACCACACUGCUGAAUGAAAAGGAAGAGUCACUGAGGAAACUGAAGGAGACCUUGAGGAAAUCACAGCAGCAAGGAGAGGAGUCAUUCCUGCAGGGAGAGGACCUUCAUGCCAGACUGACCAACCCCAGAGGUUUGAUCAAGAGCAGCAUUCUGCUGGAGAAGACCAAACUGGAGGAAGAAGUCAAACAGCUUCAGGUUAAAAUAAGCCAGCUGGAAAGCUCGGUGUCCAGUCAGCAGGCAGAAAUCAGCAAGUGGAAGAACAGAGCCAUCAGGAUGAAGGGGAAGAGCACGGCAGAGGUGGACAGGCCUUCAUCGCCCUGCACUCCCACUAAAAGGGGCCUUCCCAUGGCCUCGGACUCCUCCAACGUCUUCUGCUCACCAAAGAAGUUUCUGGUUACUCCCAAGAAAGUCCUGGACUCUCCCAGGAAGGUUUUGGACUCUCCCAGGAAGCUGUUGGACUCUCCGAAAAGCAGUUUCUUUGAUGUGGGUGGAAGCUCAGAGUUGCUGUCCAGAUCCUGUCCAAGGCAGUUCUUUGAUAACUCCAGCCUCGGGACCAUUCCAGAGGUUUCCCAAGUUCCUGAUACACCAGAUGCAGAGAAGGAUGCAGACAGGAAGGAGGAGUGGUGGCCUAAGUCUCCUAACGGGGAGGAGAUGUGUAAAACCCAGUAAAGUGUUCCUCCUGUGAAAUCUUUUUAAAUGUCUUUUCAAUGUUUCUGGCUUUUUAUUGUUGUGUAGUGUCUUCUUUGACAUUCUGUCUUUCUUACAGUUUGACUAAUAAAGUUUGUUGACUCUGUCUCAUUCA